GGGGAUCAGCAGCCAACGGCGCUGGGCGGGCGCUGCGGGCGGGACCCGCAGCCCAGGCCAGGGCAGACCUCUCCAGACAGCAAGCAGUACAGAUUAAAUAUCAAGAAGUACCAAGCCAGAUGUAGAUAUUUCUUAGCAUGGAGACCCAAGCCCAUACUACAGCAGGAGCUUCUCCUUGUGAAGCUGAGCUUCAGGAACUGAUGGAACAAAUAGACAUCAUGGUAAGCAACAAGAAGCUGGACUGGGAAAGGAAGAUGCGGGCUUUAGAGACACGGUUAGACCUUCGGGAUCAAGAAUUGGCCAACGCACAGACUUGCUUGGACCAGAAAGGCCAGGAGGUGGGGUUACUUCGACAGAAGCUGGACAGUCUAGAAAAAUGUAAUCUCGUAAUGACUCAGAACUAUGAAGGACAGCUACAGACCCUAAAGGCUCAAUUUUCUAAGCUAACCAAUAACUUCGAAAAGCUGAGAUUACACCAGAUGAAGCAAAACCAAAUUCACCGAAAGGAACCCUCCAACAAAGAAGAAAUGCCCUUUGAGCUGAGCAGUUUGAACCAGAAGCUAGAGGAGUUCAGAGCGAAGUCGAGGGAGUGGGACAAGCAAGAGGUCCUCUAUCAGACCCACCUGGUGUCGCUGGAUGCUCAGCAAAAGUUACUGUCCGAAAAGUGCAAUCAGUUUCAGAAACAGGCACAAAAUUACCAAACUCAGUUAAAUGGGAAAAAGCCGUGCCCAGAGGACAGCAGCCCUGAGAUCCCUCGCCUGGUGUGUGAGUCGGAUCCCGGCUGUGAAACCACCCAAAGAGACGAGUUCAUUAUCGAAAAGUUGAAGUCAGCCGUGAGUGAAAUAGCACUGAGCAGGAACAAGUUACAGGAUGAAAACCAGAAGCUCCUGCAAGAACUGAAGAUGUACCAGAGGCAGUGCCAGGCCAUGGAAGCAGGACUGUCAGAAGUGAAGAAUGAGUUACAAUCACGCGAUGAUCUCCUGAGGAUUAUAGAAAUGGAAAGACUGCACUUGCAUAGGGAACUGCUGAAAAUGGGAGAAUUGCAGACUGCUCAAGAUAACAGGAAAAGAGCUGAGUCAUCAUAUUCCCCUUCUACUAAAGAACCAGAAAGAAAAAGGAAGGAGUUGUUUUCAGUGGUCUCAGAUCAACCCAAUCAUGAAAAGGAAGUAAACAAGAUGAGAAGCCAGCUCUAUCCGGAGGAAAGCGGAUGCUCCGAACAGGAACGGAUGAGAAAUGAGAUCUCCGAACUCACCCAGGAACUUCACCAGAAGGAGGUCACUAUAGCAACUGUCAUGAAGAAAGCUGCCCUUCUGGAAAGACAGCUAAAGAUAGAAUUAGAAAUAAAAGAAAAAAUGUUAGCAAAGCAGCAGGUCUCAGAUAGAAGAUACAAAGCUGUCAGAACAGAAAACACACACCUGAAGGGAAUGAUGGGCGAUUUAGACCCUGCACGGUACUUGACCGUGGACAUUAGUAACAAGGAGCACUCACGAUACUCAUCAAUCGACAAGCUUGAAUAUGAAAACGAAAGGCUUCGAAGCGAUCUCGCCAAGCUCCAUGUCAAUGGAAAAGCAGCGUGGCCCAAUCAGAGGAGCUAUGAUGAAGCAGGGGCUUACAUCUACCAGAGCCAGCUGAAAACGGAGACCAGUGGAGACAGAAUUAGCCAAGACUGUGAGCUGAACAGAAGCCCAACACCCUUGUCACCUUUGCCAUUUCAGACCAAAGAAAUGGCAAGUCCGUUGGUUGGUGACAAUGAAGUCCUCCCUCUGUCUCCACCAGAUAUAUCCUUCCGGGCUUCCCUAGCUGCGCACCACUUCCUGAUGGAAGAAGAGAGGCGGGCCAAGGAACUUGAGAAGCUGCUCAACACACACAUCGAUGAGCUGCAGAGACACACGGAGUUCACGCUUAACAAAUACACCAAACUCAAGCAGAGUAGACACAUAUGAGCUUCGCACCUUUUCUCAUUGCGUCCUCUCCAUGAGGAAAAGAAAGGUUUCCAAGAAACACUUGCAAAGCGGACUCAUAAAACCGAGAAAUCUGGUUUAGUCUCCACGAGUAAAUCACAGCUAGAAAAAUAGGAUUUUGUUCCAUAAAAGCUGCUUCUGUUUCUGCAUUUCACAUACUAAUUGUUUUGUUAGGAUAGCAUAAACAUGAAUAGCCCCAAAGGGUUUCUUUCCUGUCUAAGGAAUGGUUUGGGAUUAUAACUGAAUUAUUUCUGACUUUAAUCAUGUAUGCUAAGGCCCCAUUUCCUGUGUAACAGGCAGCAAGAAAGGGAAGCGCUCAAGUCCAAAAGUGAGGAAACUGAGUGCAGCCACUCUGUGCUAGGCAUACAACCCAAGGACUUCUAAAGUGAAAGGACUAUGUAGACACCCUAAGAUUUGUUUCAGAAGCAAAUAGAUACCUCUUUGCUGCUUUUCCAUUCACUUUUGUAGUAUUCUGCCUUAACACCAAGGACUUGAAUGAGCAGUGUGCACAGUAAAAGUCACUGUGCCAGAGAGUCAUGCUGCCACUGAGACACAGCAAAUGCAGGGCAUAGUGUUGCCUCCAUCUCCUUUGUAAUCACCAGUGUUUGUAAUACAAUAAAGGAAUGCAAAAUUCAAUUGCUUUGCAAGUGUCCAGUUUCUACAGAAGUAAUAGCAAGAAAACAAACAAUGAAAUUCACAUAACACAUAUACAAGGAUGAUAAUCUGAUACCUUCCCUGUUCUUUAAAGAUGGAAUACACACAGAGACACAGAGACAUGCUAUAGUGUACAUGUAUGCCCAACACACACACACACACACACACACACACACACACACACACACACCACAUAUCAGCACCAUUUAAACUUAAGCAUUUGAUAUCAGCAAAACUAGUAAGUUAGGAGUCAGCAUGGUGCCUUGGCGAGAAAGAGGACUUGCUCAAUCAUGAGGACCUGAGUUCAGAUCCAGGCAACCAUAUGAAGAGACAGGACAUGGCCAUACAUACCUGUAAGCCUCAUGCUAUGUGGGACAGAGACAAGAAAAUCACUGGGGCUUGCUGGCUGCCAACCUAGCUCCAGAUUCAAUGAGAGAACCUGUCUCAAGGAACCUGUCUCAAGGAAGGAAUAUGAAGAACGACAGAGCAGGAUACCUGACAUCACCCUAUGGCCUCUGCAUGCACCCACAGGUAAACAAACGUUCACAUGCAUACACUUGAAAACCAUUUUUAAAAAAAUAAAAUUAUACUGUAGUAAGCAGGAUAGAGGCAAACACCUGGAUUUCUGACCCUUGGCUCUCAUUACAAUAGCUCUUCCUGUAAGCAGGCAGAUGGGAAAUAAAGAUAUAUUCAAAACA